GCGCGAGCGCGCGAGAACAGCUUAGCUUAGCCCGCCGGCGCGUCGGACGGUGCAACAGUCCGCCGUCGUUGUCGCCGUCGCCUUAGCGAGCAGCGACGGGGGCCGGAGCGCUUUAACCGGCGGAACGACACGCGCGCGUGGGCGUGCGUGCGCCUGCUCUUAUUGUAAGCUUCGGCGGAUGCUAAUUUCGGUCCUUCGUGCGUGCAGCUUCCUAUUUUGUCUGACUUUUUUCUUUCUUCUCUAAUUCAAAAGUCUUCACCGUCUUCUUCCAAUUCUGCACGUCUUUGCAGUUCGCUUGAUAUCUGAUAUAUUGUGCAGAAGAUACAUAGGUGCGCCUUUUCAUUAAUCUGUUAGGGAAGAAAGGAACCUUACAGUCACCUGAGGGCGGGCCACAAGUAUUGCCCGGGACAGUUUUUCGUAGUCCGCAGUUUACAUCAAUUUGCCUCGCACUCAUUUCCGUUCGUUUUACGCCCGCAUUGCGUGUCUUGAUGCACUUAUGAAGAUUUCUCGCGGACCCUGCCGAUAGAAAGCGUAGUCGGCCGACGACCCGCCGCUAACCCGGCUCAACACGUGGCAUCAUUUUCCUAGAUAGGAUGGGGAAAGUCGCGAACUGGGCCGCGGAGGUGCCGAGGCAGUUUGCAGGACCUCUUCGACGCUCUCCGGUGCAGCCGCCGUCGCGAAGACCAUAGUCCCAUCUCUCCGUGGGGCGACGAAAAAAGGCCAAGAACACCAGCGCUCGGCGACUGUUGCUUCGCUAUAGAAAUCGCGCGUCCCUCCCGCGGAAAUGUGGUGGUGCCUGAGGCGAAGCGGAAUUCUCGUCGGUGGAUGGUUCCACUACGCGCUGUUGGUCGCCGAGCUGUCGUUGCUGCUGCGGGGACGGGAAGCGGAAACCGCCAAGGGACUUCCGGACAGGAUACCCAUCGGGGCAAUAUUCAUGCCCCGCCAGGAGGAGCUCCGCUACGCCUACGAGCACGCCAUGGAAGUCCACAACCUCAGAGAUCCUCUCUUUGGCGUCACCACGCACACCGAAAUUGUUGACUCCGACGACCCCUACCAGACCUCGAAAAAACUGUGCACAAUAAUGAAGAACGGCACCUUCUCCAUCAUCGCGCCCACCACGGCCACGUCUUACGCCACCCUGGCGUCGUACGCCAACACCUUCCGGAUGCCCUUUGUGAGCCCCGCAUUUCCACAGAUAACGGACGUGAGACCGGCGCUGUACGGGAUAAGCCUGCGACCCCGCUACCUGCCGGCCAUUGUGGAAGUGAUCAAGCACUACCGCUGGAAGAGCAUCCUGUACCUCUACGACUCUGACGAUGGGCUGCUGAAACUGCAGCACCUAUUCCAGCUGACGACGGACCGGUACCACUUGGAGGUGAAGGUUGUCACGCGCGUGCAGAACGCGUCCGAUGUGCACCGCUUUCUGCGACGUCUGGAGGACCGCGACCGCGAGUCGCGCAAGUACGUCGUGCUAGACUGCAGCGCCGAGACGACGCGCCAGAUCAUCAUCAGCCACGUCAGGGAUCCGUUCAUGGGGCGCCGAAACUACCACUUCCUGCUCACCAGCCUUAUUAUGGACGAAUUCCAAAACAAUCCAAGCCUGGAGUUCGGCGCCGUCAACAUCACGGGCUUCCGGCUAGUCCAGAACACAACGCUUCCUUACAAAGAAGUCUUUACAGAGCGCAUCUCUAAGAUUCCUUGGCCAGACCCUAAGAAAAAGAGAAUAUCGGCCGACGCGGCCCUCAUGUAUGACGGUGCCAAAGUGCUUCUGCACGCAUUCAAGCAGCUCCUGCGAGACUACCCGAGCAUCUUCAGCAAGAACUUCAGGCGCGGCGAGGUCUACAAUAACAACACCCGAGGCAUCGACUGCCGUCGCGAGAAGGUCAUGCCUUGGGAACACGGCGAAGAGAUCGCCAAACGCAUUCGCUCGACGAAGAUCAAAGGGCUGACUGGAAACGUCAGUUUUGACGACCGAGGCUUCCGAGUCAACUACACCAUCGACGUGGUCGAAAUGACAAUAAACAGCGAGAUGGUAAAGAUCGCCGAGUGGUCGGACCUAAAAGGGCUCAAGCUUUCGUCGCCCAAGUACCGUCGAGUCUACCAGGACACGGGCUUCGAGAGCAACAAGACCUACAUCGUGACCAGCAUUCUGGAAGAGCCCUAUCUGAUGUACAAGAAGCCCGAGCCGGGCCAGGUGCUCACGGGCAACGACGUGUUCGAGGGCUACUGCAAGGACCUGGCCGACCUCAUUGCCGACAACCUCAAGUUCAACUACACGCUUAAGCUGGUCAACGACUCGAAGUACGGUGGUCAAGACGCCAACUCGCAGGCCGGAUGGAACGGGAUGGUCGGCGAGCUCAUUCGCCAGGAGGCCAACAUGGCGAUCGCGCCUCUGACCAUCACCUCGGCCCGGGAACGGGUGAUCGACUUCACCAAGCCCUUCAUGUCGUUGGGCAUCAGCAUCAUGAUCAAGAAGCCCAUGAAAAAGAAGCCCGGCGUGUUCUCCUUCAUGAACCCGCUGUCGCGCGAGAUCUGGAUGUGCAUCAUAUUCGCCUACGUGGGCGUCUCGGUGGUGCUCUUCCUCGUCAGCCGGUUCUCGCCGCGCGAGUGGCGCUACGAGGAGACCUUCGUCGGGCCCUCGGUGUCCAACGACUUCUCGCUCUACAACAGUCUCUGGUUCUCCCUGGGCGCUUUCAUGCAGCAGGGAUGCGACAUCUGCCCCAGGUCCGUGUCGGGCCGCAUGGUGGGCAGCGUUUGGUGGUUCUUCACGCUCAUCAUCAUAUCAUCGUACACGGCCAAUUUGGCCGCCUUCCUGACCGUCGAGCGGAUGGUGACGCCCAUCAACUCGGCCGACGACCUCGCCAAGCAGACCGAGGUCGAGUACGGCACGCUGUGGUACUCCUCCACGCAAGAAUUCUUCAGGAGAUCAAAAAUCGCAGUCUACGCCCGCAUGUGGGAGUUCAUGAACUCAAACAGCCGGGUGUUCACCUCGUCGUACGAGGAGGGCAUUCGGCGCGUGCGCGAGUCCAAGGGCAAAUACGCCUUCCUCAUGGAGUCCACCAAGAACGACUACAUCAACGAGCGCCAGCCCUGCGACACCAUGAAGGUGGGCGGGAACCUGGACGCCAAGGGAUACGGGGUGGCAACACCCCUCGGAUCUACACUCAGGGACCGCCUUAACCUGGCCGUGCUGACUUUCAAAGAGAACGGAGACCUGGCGCGCCUCGAGAACAAAUGGUGGUACGAUAGGAGCGAGUGCAAGACGGGCGACAGCAAGGAGUCGACACAGAACGAGUUGACGCUGAGUAACGUCGCCGGAUGCUUCUACAUUCUCAUCGGUGGCCUCGUGCUAGCUAUGGUGGUGGCCCUGCUUGAGUUCUGCUAUAAGUCGAGGCUCGAGGCAUCCAGAUCUAAGAUGAGCAUGUACGACGCCAUGAAGGCAAAGGUCCGCAUGUCAAUCACAGGCACGCAGAAUGGAGACCGCGGCAUAGACCAUGGAGAGCGAGGAAGGGUACGCCAGGAUACUCUCUCUAUAAUCCGGCGCCUAACCUAGGUCAAGUUGACGGCUUCGGAGAGUACCCGGGAGUCAACACGCACACUCAAGUCUAAAACUGCAAGUUCCUUUUGGCACGGUGUCACACAAGAACGCUAAGCGCGCGUGCGCACAGAGCCAUUCCGGCAACGUGUUCUCGCGCGAGUACGAUGAGACGGCGAAAAAGAGAUCGAUCCGAGACGCCUGGACCGCCUCCGGCGUCAACGACAACGGGAGCAACAACCGCCGUGCCGUGAAGCGACGUGGGCUGCGUCUUGUUCCCCGGGAUCCCUCACCGUUUGUGUGCGGGGGACACUCUCGGUGCUCGUCGUGUAUGCGUGAAUGUGAAUGCUUUCUCACGCGUUGGCCGUUGGGACCACUUAUAUUCCUCGCCGCUGAAAGAAACUCCUGUUUGUUGGUUGCGUUUCAUGGAUUUGUUGUUUCCUGUUUCACGAUGGUCGCGAAGUGCUCAAGGGUUCUUACUUUGCUUGUUUUUCUCUUAUCUUUCCUUACACCCUCCUGUCCAUGCAGUUAGAAUUUGUGCGUCGAUCGUCAAUUCCCAUCGCCCCUUUCUUUAUUUCUUUCUUUCUUUCUCUCUUUCUUUCCUUUAUCAUUUUUUAUUUUAUUUUAUUUGUUCCCGUGAGUCAGCGUCGGUAUUCGGAAAACCAACAAAAUUGUGGGAUACACGAGCAGCACCAACUGCUCGACUUGUUCUCGCAAGUUGUCUCAGUUUCAAAUUGUUCUCCUGGAAUUAAAAUAUAAAGAAAAAGAUGUGGGCCCGAAUUCCCGUGUGCGUAAACAAAGAAUUGCAGUGUUUAAGCAUUACGUACGUAGACUUAGUAUGGUCUUAACGUGGAACUAAAAAAAAAAAACCACCUUUUUAUCGCGCUUAAGACGUCCAGGGUCUGUAAUUUACUUUGACAGUUGAGAUAACAAUGGCUGACAUAGGCGAAUGCCAGAAAGAAACAUGAUAACGCGCCAUUGAACCCCUCCUGUUUGUUAGUUUCUAUCAUUCGGACAGCGCCCAUCCCCGUUUCAGCGGGUUUAUUCGCCGGAUGACGCUAUCAGGCGCUUCACGCCAUCAUAUUCACGCAAGCGCUCUUUACAACCAUAGGAAAACAGGCAUUUUUGUAUCCAGACUUCUUUAUUUGUCCCGUGUUUUUUGUGGCAUUUAUAUUUACGCAUCGAUACCAACUAGCCCAGUUUUACACCUUGCCGCCGAAGAGGUCUCAUUUGGAAGAAGGCAGUCUGGUGAAGCUCGCACAUUUAGGAGAGGCCCUCUUCAGCUAAUUCAGCUACUGACAAAUUUUGUUUGUUUUGUUUGUUCUAGCUACAUUAGACAGUUAAUGACAUCGCAACCAUGGGACGGUAUCUCGAUUUUUUAAGAGCGCUACAAACAACUGAUUACAUUUCUUUUAAUACGACCGGUUCAAACCGAGCGCCAAGUGAAUCGCGGCUUCGUGGCAUAAGAUAAACUGAGCACCAGUACUUUUUACAUCGCGAGAAACCAAAGGUGGCGGUUUUUCUCGUUUACACAUAAGUAUUUAAAGCAGACACAUGGUACAAAACAAAUGUCACAAAUUCAGUGGCAGUAGUGCUAAGAAGAGGACAAGUAAGAGUUAAAAGAAGACUAGCAAAAGAGACAGUUAUUUGCAGCGUUCACAAUAAUAACACUUGCACGAUAGGGGUUGCCUGUCACGUGCACUGUCAGUUCUACCCCGGCGCGACUGAGGGCGGUGCGUGCAAUAUAAGUACCCGGAUCAGGCCUAUUGCAGAGCCAUAUAUACGCUGCUUACUGUUUCACGCAGGUUCACAAGCGCCCACUAAAGGUUCAUUUUCCUUUCCUUUCUUUUCUUUUCUUUUCUUUUCUUUUCUUUUCUGUUCUGUACGCUAAUUUUACUUGUUGGCCGUGUCCCACAAUUCCCAUCGCCACAUGGUAAUUGUUACAAACAGUUCCCGUUUUCUUUCUCUGUGUGUGUUUACAUGUUCCUUUUUAACACAUGUCUGUCUGAAAACAAUGCAGGGAUUAUGAGCUAUGUUUCCCCAGAGAAUGUUGAGUGCUCCUGCAUCUACUUAUUUCUAGAGGAUACGAAGGCACCUCAACUACCCGGCACCCUGGAAAAGUGGUGUUCGCCAGUUAUGGAAAGCUCCACUUAUUGCUUGCGCUGUGUUAAAGUUACGCGCUACAAGAAGGUUAAUGACAAUUCACGAAAACAUUUUUGCGCGAGAUGACCCCAAAAUCCGUGAUAUUUGAAGAGAGCGUGCAUGUUCGAACUUAACAAUAUACGCUAUAUAUAACUCCGAUAAUUGCCCCACAAAAAAUCCCGCGACCCACGCGAUGGAUACUUACUCUUUACUCCUAAGUCACAAAGAAUGAGAUUUCAUUUCGCUGGUUGCAAAGUAUGCCUCACUGCAUUUCAUAUUGUGUGUGUGUUCUUUUCGUUGUUUUAUUUUUCUGUUCUUGCUUCUAAAAACUACACCGCAGACGCAUUUCCUAGAUAUUUCGUAGCUUCAUGUAACCCCCGAUCAGCUCUAGAUUUCUAUUACAAUUCCCUGCACAUUGUAAUUUUAUUUCAUCGUGCAUAGUCCCCUAUCUGCACCUGCCCCGUUGACCGCGCUUGUUCCGCGACAAAAUUGUUUGUGAAUAUGCGUAAGAAAGAGAAAUGUAAGAAUACCCGCGCUUUUAUACAGCCGCUCUUGACUGUCUGUACGGGCAUCAUGGAGUGUUUGGCACGUCGUUUCAACGUGCUAAUAUUUACUUCAACACAGAGCCAACUGGAACAAAGGUGUUUUUGUUACCCAUCUCAUCGGCAAGUUGCUCGCCUCCGUGGUUAACAAACGUAGCACACACUCUACUCCCUCGCAAUGCUUAGAGUUUGGUCGUUCGCGUUUGUAGGAUAGAGGCAAGCAAGUGCGCGCUGCAUACACUCUUAAGAACCAUGGGGUGCUGGCGAGUCCUGCGGCGAGACUUGCUAAUUAUUCCAGUGCUGUCAACUUCCUCGAUCGGAAGUAACAUGCGGGGUACAUAUCUUACUUCAUUUUUAAGAGUGUUCCACUCCCCAACGGUGUUAUUUCACGUUUAUUGUGCCCAGUGGAGUUAACGUACACUCUACCGGGAAGUCACAUGGCCUGUCGAGCUUGUUGAAGGCCUACUGGCACAUAUUUACGUAGUUGUGUAAACCUCACCGCAGGCGUUGCCCAAGUAUCAAAGGAUCGAAUUUGGCAAGUAAAGAUGUUGGAAAACGUAACGUAGUUUAAUUUGAUACUAAAGUCGUAUCGCAAUGCCGGAACUGGCGUCAUCGUCAAGUCACAAGGCGAAAUUCGCUGACGUCGCGUGCCAAUAAGUAUAGGUAUGAUCAUAUCACUAAAAAGUAAUAAUAAGCAAGGGUUGUGCGCGCGUUUUACGUUUCGCUCGCUUGUAGCAGACGCAGCGAUCACAAGAAUGUAGCGAGCCAGUGUAUCAUGACACCAUGACACACGCACGUCCUGAAUAGUGAAACCGAAACUAUGCUCUCAUUCACAAAUAUCUGUAGGUUGCAGGUCAAUAGCCAAGAACACUUACGAACAAAAGGGUCUGUGAACUCGGCCCCGGCUUCGUAAAAAUAUGUAUCAUAGCAAAGUAUUUAGGGUGCUCUAGCUCUUACCAGUACUUUUUUCUUAACAUUAAGAUGGUUUGAACUUUCAUGCAAACAAAAUAAUGACAAGUUGAAAAUCUCUUGUCGGUACUCUUUUAUGUAUGGAACAAGCAGCUAGUGCCGCCAAAGGGCUUUCCCGCGCUCCCUUGGUUCGUAGUGUGUACGCGAAACUUAAGUAUCGCAGAGCUUCUAUCACGGUUGCGCUCUUGUGCCCGUGCGUGCAUGUGCGUGUAUGAGUGUAUGUUGUUACAUAGCAAGUUUAUGCCACUAGUGUAAUAAUAAGCGUCUGUUUUUAACGUUGUUCAGUAACCAAAACAACUCCGCGGUGCUUCGACAUGACACCAACAUAUCCUCCAAUGCACAGUGAACAAAAUAUUGUACAGCGAGUUCGUGUACUCUUGACCCUUCUCCAGCUGCCGUCGGAUGGUCCCACGUGACCCCGACGAAAGCUUGUAGUGCAGACAAGGCCACCGUUGUAAAUACUACCAUCGCUGUUUUUCACGAGUUGUUGCCGUUGUCCCCAGCCACCCAUUUUUAACGUGGUGCCCACACCUUCUACUCCGUGUAUAGAUAGUGUAAGACAUCACGUUGCCUUUGUGAAAGCUUCCCAGCGUCGCUGGUUCAUUUCCACUCACCCGUCAUGCCUGUCUCAAAACUGUAUGAGUAAGCGACAGUGCUAAAAAAUUCUAUAUAUACAACUUACAUGCGGAAAACCCCAGACAAUGCAUGACAAAUCUUCCUUUCGACUUCACGUUUGCCAAGUCAUACCUUAGAUCAUGCAAACCAUUCAUUUAGCAGGGACUGUUAUCUUUGUGUGGCAAUGGUUCCAUUUACCCAUGUGCGAGUCCUUCCACGUGUUGUGUACCCUUGUGUGGAGCUCAAAUGUUUACCACAAGAUAUAACAUAAGAUUAACAAGUGGCAUUCUUCUUAUCAUGUUUACUUAUAUAGCGACUAGAAAAAAAACGAGAUAAAGAAACAUACAGGUGAAAAGUCUUGUCAUGCUGCAAAUGCCCAUCCAUGACUCAGCUGUAUGUAACCAAACGUAGAAAGUGCUGUUGAAACAAUAAUUUCUUCUCGAUUUCCUAAUCAGUUUAAUUUUAUGAGUCACUCGAAGCUCUGAAGUUACGUGCGUCACUCCCGGCUUUGUACGUUCACGCGUGUUGCACAGCCGGAUUAGGUCACUGUUUAUUUUUCUUUUUUUUUCCUCCGAGAAAUGAAUGUGUAAUACGAAAGCAGUCAUAUGACAUGCAGGCACUCUCACACUGCUGAGAUAAAAGAAAAGCAGAGCGCAAUUGGCACGGAAGGAGGUUGGAAUCCAAGUAUGGUGUUUGCGGUUGUUUUUUUACCUCUGAUCCAGUUAAUAAAGCAAAGAAAGGCUCGUAAUACACGAGGUUUUAGGAGACUUUAAAGGCUUGUGCUUAAGAAAUCAAGUCAGUAAGGUGAUUUCAGUGGCAUGAGGUGCGUUAUUUCAUUCGAACACAACUCUGGCAGAAUCAGUGAAGGGCGCGGGCAGCUUGCUAUCGACAGCAAAGGAUUGGGGUCCACGGCGGUCAUGGAAACAAGAAAUUUAUUUGCAGAUAGAAUAUGUACCAUAACUUAAUUAUUCUCAAAAUAUUCUAGCGCUGCCGUGAAAUCUACUAGACGGCCUCUAGCACUCGAGACUGCUUCGGAGAGUGCGAUCGAGACUGAGCAGACAACGCUUAGGGACGCGCGCUUUCGCGUGUUUUUGCUCGUGCUUCACUCGCGCUAUCUCUAGCGCUCACUCAAUGCUGAAUUAUUCUGAAACAAAGUAGACGCGCCCUUUUCUCCCACUUUCCUUUUUUUUUUCUCGCGGGUGCUACUAUGACAACUUUAGGCUCUGCGCUCAGGUCGGUAAAAUUUUUCGUUUCUGCUGGUUAGCGUGGUCCGUAAGAUUUUGCUCACGAUAGUUACACACAUGGCAACUGACAGCACACCCACAAUCCUAAACCAGUUUUUCCGUGCCCGCCGUUCGCCGUUCGCUCACCGAUGGCAGGAGGCCGCACGUGCUGUCCUCAAUUACCACAUGUGUGAGGAGGGUGCGGGAGAGGGCAAACAAGAGUACACCCAAUUUAACUGUGGGUCUGCUCACGUCACCUCACGUCCACACGUCACAUGCGAUGAGUGGGGACUAGUAGAUGACGUGCGGAAUCUGGCUCGUGGCAUCCUUGAGUUGUGCGAAGAGCGCAGAACGACCUUUUUUAUAACGUUACAAUAUGUUACCUAAACGUUUAUCUCCGAUAGACGGGUCUGAGCCGUAGUCGGGAAAAGGCAACACGAAAGCAACGGGAAAGCGGCAAGCUUCACCUGCGUCCGAACGCAGCGCAGACGUCGUCCACAUAAUUGAGUCAGAUAGGGAAAAAGGCGGACCAGGAUAACCUGCGACACCCGUUGCCGUGUUUCGUGACUGCGCUUGUGUGCUAUGUGGAUAUAAAUUUCGAAAUGUUUAAGGCGUGACAUAUGUGGCGACGGUCUAGCUUCGCCACGGCGUCACGGUUAUACGCGCGAAGCGAUCACCCUCCACAAACUUGGCAUCAGCUGUCGGGAGCGAAGGUGCUCAGUACCGGCAAUUCCAGCCCAGUCCUCAAUGUCUUUCUUUUUUCUUCUUCUUCUUUUUUUCUUCUGAAAGAGUACAAACCGCAUAGAUGAGAAAUUGCACAUGACACUUGACGAUGCCGGACCUUCUGUGAAAAGUUGUUCGGUCGUGAUUAGAGCACGAGACUUGCUACGAGAGAAUCGUACAGCGAGCCUUCGUAGCUAACGAUAAAUCAAUGUCGCGAAGCAUUGUUCUGUACCAUUGUUGUCGUAACAAAGAAAAAGUAAGAGAGAGACAAAGCCGGGGCACACCGCGGACCAAUCUCGUCGAGGCAUUGUGAUGACAAGAAGCUGCCCCGCAAUGCAUGUCCGCAGCAGGUCUCGACAAUUUGUGAACGCGACUUUCCUUCUGGAGUCCACUUCAGUGGAGGUGCAGUGGUCAAUAAACUGUUAUUUCCAAAA